AUGUCGCGGGUCCGGGGCCACGCCGACGGCACCCCAUGUUGGUCCUCGCUCCUCUGCUUCUUGCGGCAGCGCACGGCGACCCGUCGCCGCAAUUUCAUCUUCACUUGCUUAGUCGAGUGCGCGCGCCGCUGCGCCUCGACGGACGACUGCACCGUCUUUGAGACUUCGCGGGACGACAGCAGUUUGUGGGCGGUCUGCGCCUUCUUCAAGACGUGCGAGCCCCUCCCCGAGUCGGGCUCCGCCGCCUCGCUGGGCUACGAGGCGGCCGUGUACGCUCUCGGCGGCGCGACGCACCUCGUGCCGAACCUCGGAGGCCCCGACGAUCUCGACCCGGAGCUCGCCCUCGACCUGGAGCUCGCCCUCGACCUGGAGCUCGCCAUCGCGCGCUUCCCUCUUCCAGGCGGCGGAAGGGCGCGCGCCCGUACGCUGGCGUGCGCUGGCGUGUAUAAUGCGCUCGUGUCUCUCCUCCUCGACGCCACAGAAGCCGUGCCGGCGCCGCCGUCUUCGCCCUCUCCCGGCGCCGCUGUCGCCGGCUCCACAUGCGCCUCCACUCACGACACAGCGUAUUUGGGGGACAGCAUCAUUGACUGCCCGACCUGGUGUGCACAAACGGCCGUUGAUGCGGGGUAUUCCGAGCAGUACUGCUGCUCGGGCAUCUCCGGCCCCUGCGUCUCCGGCGACUGCGAAUGCAUCAUCUCCGAGGACGGCGACACGGCGAUGCUGACGACCGAGGCCGUGGUCUCCCUGCUCGAGGUUGAAGAUUCCCUUGACCACGUCGAGGACCUGUGGGGUAGAUCCUGUGAUGAUGUUGUGACCACGAAACGGGCAGACCACGACGCGACGGAGCCAUGUGCGUCAACCGUGGAGCUGACAUGGGACAGCUGUCGUGAUUGGUGCAUGUGCGAGGCGGCCACCCGAGGAUACAGACGCGAGUACUGCUGCGGGUUCUAUGAUGGGUUCAUAGACGAGGAGAGUGGCGAGGUGGAGAAGGGAUGCACUAUCUCCUCAGACCACGCGGUCGACACGUACAUCAGGGAGGCAUACGCAGUCGUCGUGGACGGCGUGAGCCUCGCGUACCCCGACACGUACGGCCUCCACGAGUGCGGCCAGCACGACAGCGGGCUCGAGCCGUCCUGCAACUCGACCGAGUACCCCGGCUGGUGCGAGCACGAGUGGUGCUACGUCGACCCGGCCGCGUGCAACACCGAGUACAGCCCGACCGCGUACGCGGAGUGUCCAGAGGGGGAGGGAUCCGGGCGGGAGUGGCAGCAGCUCGGCCACCAGGCCUGCCCGCGCAACACCACCAUCGAGACCAUUGACCUUCCCCACAACUACUGGCGUGCCUCGAAGCGCACGACCGACAUUCACAAGUGCACAUUGUGGGACGUCGAGGUGUCUGACGGAGAGCUCGCAUCGCCGUGCCUCGGAGGGGACGGCUCGGAAUCCUCGCCGGCCUCCAGGUAUUGCGUCGAGGGGCACAAGGGCGCGCUGUGCGAGGGUUGCGUCGAGAGCGGCUCGUACUUUGAUGGUGUCAACGGCUGCAAGAGCUGCCCUCCGCCAACCUACUUGGCUGUCUUUGUCGGUGUCGUCAUCGGCGGCGCAUCGAUGCUCGCCCUCUGCAUCGAACGCCUGCGGCGCAUCGAUAACGCUAGUCUACAGCGCGCGAAGCGGCACCUCCUCCGCGUGGUCGCGCUGCUAGGACUGCAGCCCAAGCUCAAGAUCCUCGUCUCCUUUUACCAAGUAAUCAACGUGCUGCGGCUGCGCGAGGCGUACGACGUGCGCGUCCACCGCGCCUUCACCGAGUGGCUGGAUUUUGUUGCCGUUGUCGACCUCGACUACCUCCUCGGCAAGCUCGCUCUCCCGCACGACUGCAUCCGCAGCAUGGGCCUGCGGCUCGCGUACCUGGAGGCGGCCUUCGGCCACGUCCACCAAGCCGCACACCCAGCCCUCCUGCGUGACCCCGACCUGGCUAUGCCCGCCCUCCCACAGGUCUGGCCGUAUGGUGCCCUGGUCUUUGCACUGAUUUGGAUCUGGAUCUAUGCGGCGGUGGAGCAGGCCCUCAUCGCGCACGAUAGCCGCUCCAAGGGUUCGCCCCACUCGAGCCGCCGCAGCGGCUGCGAGGUGAGCCUGUCAUCACCGCGGAGCCUCUCGCGCCGCAACCGGCCUCGGAAGCCGUGGUGGCACAAGCCGCUGCGCCGGUCGAUUUUUGCGACGAUCGUCAUCUUCUACCUCGCGCUGCCGGUGGUCUCGCGCGGCCUAUUCGUGGGCGCCAGCAUCCGCUGCCUCGAGUUCCGGCUCGAUGACGACCCCAAGGGCGAGACGGUCCGCUACCUCGAGGACAACGUGGGUGUGAAGUGCGGGAGCGAUGAGGCCAUCGAGCCCGUAUUCUGGACCUUCUUUGUCCUGUGGCCCGUCCUCGUCCCGCUCGCCUUCUUCCUCCUCGUGCUGCACGUUCGCCGCUCCGUCCGCUCUCGGCGCCCGUCUAUGCUCGCCAACUCGACGGCCUUCCUUUGGCGCGACUACAAUGCGCCCUUCAUAUACUGGGAGAUAGUUGAUCUCCUGCGUAAGCUGUUCCUGACGACGUUCGUCUUCUUCGUCGACGAGAACAAUGGCAACGCGCGCCUGCUCCGCCUUGUGGUGGCCGUCUUCAUCUCGGCGCUCUACCUGACCGUCCUCGCGCUCAUGCGCCCCUUCAAGCGCUCUGAUGAUCUCUACCUUGCGUGCAUGAGCAACUUCCUGCUCAUCUGCUGCUUCACCUCGGGCAUCGUCAUCAAGCUGUGCGACGAGAGCGGCGCCUUUGUCGACUAUAGCUGCGCCUACUACACCGGCCUCCCCGGCUCGUACGAGGCGACCGUCCUGGUGGGCGUGCUCUCGAUCACGAUGCUCGUCGUGGCGGUGCUUGUGGUGGCGAUGAACAUUGCCACCGCGAGCGCGAGCCCCACCAUCCGGCUGGUGAGCUCGGGGCUCGAGCCCGCGCUCGAGCUGAGUGAAGGGUGCGAGCACGACGGCUUCGUGAGUCACGUCUGGUCCACGGGUCAGGACCAGGCCGCCACAAUCGUCCGCCGGCUCCAGAUGUUGCUGCCCGGGAUUUGUCUCUGGCUCGACAUUGAAAACAUGCAGAAUUGCCGGCGCGAGCUGUACGCGGCGCACGCCGCCUCGAAGCCGGUCAUCGCGGUGCGGGAGACGGAGCAAGCAAAGGGAGCCCUCAGCGUGCAAGGCUUAUGGACCGAGGGCCGCGAGGGUUGCGCCUUCGAGGCGGGGGCCGAGGCGCCUGCUGAUGCUGUUCUCGGCCGCGUGUUUGCAGAGGCACCGGUGGAUUGGGUGCGGCUGCACGUGUUUCAGCUCGAGUCGCUCAAGAUGAUCGCGCUGCGAAUGCUGAAGCGCAGCCCCUACUACCGCGACCGCAAUGAGGAGAUCACGGGCGGGCUGCGCGUCUUUGGCGAGAUGCGGUCCGUCAGCUUUGCGUCUCCCAUGACGAUCCUCGCCAUCACGACCAAUGCCGGCGGCCUCGCGGCUGCGCACGAGGUGGCGGGCGCCGUCGACCCCCGCCGGGGCGAAGGCGUGGCGGUCGAGGCUGCGGAGAGCGCGCUGCGUCGGGGCGGGGCGGACCUCUCUCGCUCCGGACGGCUGCUCCUCUACCUAAACUCGGCCACAUUCAGCCAGCCGGCCACGGCCGCGACGCUGAGGCUCGUGCUGGAGCGCGGCGUCCCGGUGACGCUGUUGCACGAGCAGGACGGGGGGCGCGAGGCGUGCCAGUUCUGCGAACUAUUCGACCUCGCGCCGAGGGAGCUACAGCUGGCGCCGUACAAGCUCUUUGACACGAUUGCAGUGCCGCUGUACCAGACGGCGGAGCUGCGCGCGGUCUCUCUCAGGCAGGCCCUUUACGACAUGGGCGCGCGGCCGCUGCGAAGCUCCGUCUUUGCCGCCUGCCGCGGCCGAUUGCGGUGGCGAUUUGGCCCUCGUCGGGUGGCGGUCCAGCGGGAGAGGACGGAUUUGGAUCCCGACCUCGACUCGGAGCGAUCGGCGGGUUCGUCCGAGCCACCGACGCCACCGACCUCCCCGCAAAGAUCGAGAGAGUGUGCGAUCGAGCGUCUGUAG